AUGGGAUCUGGAAGAUUAGGUUGCGCCAUUCGUCUCAUUAGAGAGGUCUUGUCUUCCUGUCUAGAAAAUACUGAGGUAGGAUCUUCUGGGCUUUUUUUUUAUUUGCUUAUUCUUCUUUCAUUCUUUUUUUCUACCUCUCUGUAUCUUUUUUUUUUUUUUUCUUUCCUAUCGACUAAAUCUUUCUCCUUUUCUCCAUCGUUUUCCAUCACAUUUUUACAUUCCCUUACUCCUUCCAUUUCUUUUCCCUACCACAUCUUCUAUCUUUUCCCGCCUACUCUUUCUUCACAUCACUUCUUUCUUACUCCUCUCACUCUCUUUCUCCCCCUCUCCCUCUCUCUUUUUCUCCCCCUCCCCUCUCUCUUUUCUCCCCUCCCCUCUCUCUCUCCCCUCUCCCUCUCUCUUUCUCCCCCCUCCCCCUCUCUUUUUCUCCCCUCCCCUCUCUCUCUUUCUCUCCCCUCUCUCUCUCUCUCUCUCUCUCUCUCUCUCUCUCUCUCUCUCUCUCUCUCUCCAAGGCUCUCCCUUUUUUUUUUCACUUAUCCUUUCUCUAAUCUCUGGUGUUUUUUGGUCAUUAAUGUUAACCCAGACAGACACCGUGGGCUACACGUAAUUUUCGAGCAUCUGAAGACAGCGGUUCACAUCCAUGGUGUCACGCAGAAGAUAUGGGUCGACGACUCUCCUUGUUAUCAUUCCACACAACAAGAUCACUUUUGGGCCACUUUACAUCCUCUCAACCGUCAUGUUCGGAUCGUUAUCACACGACGCCCAUCGGCAAAUUAUUUAUCUAUCUAUCACAGUCUUCAUUGUCUAUCUACCUAUCUAUCAGUCUGUUCAUUAUAUAUCUAUUUAUCUAUCUAUCAUAGUCUAUUCAUUAUCUAUCUAUCUAUAGUCGGCAAAUUAUUUAUCUAUCUAUCACAGUCUUCAUUGUCUAUCUACCUAUCUAUCAGUCUGUUCAUUAUAUAUCUAUUUAUCUAUCUAUCAUAUCUUCAUUGUUCAUCUACCUAUCUAUCAGUCUGUUCAUUAUAUAUCUAUUUAUCUAUCUAUCAUAGUCUAUUCAUUAUCUAUCUAUCUAUAGUCGGCAAAUUAUUUAUCUAUCUAUCACAGUCUUCAUUGUCUAUCUACCUAUCUAUCAGUCUGUUCAUUAUAUAUCUAUUUAUCUAUCUAUCAUAUCUUCAUUGUCUAUCUACCUAUCUAUCAGUCUGUUCAUUAUAUAUCUAUUUAUCUAUCUAUCAUAGUCUAUUCAUUAUCUAUCUAUCUAUAGUCGGCAAAUUAUUUAUCUAUCUAUCACAGUCUUCAUUGUCUAUCUACCUAUCUAUCAGUCUUCUAUUCAUUAUCUAUCUAUCUAUAGUCGGCAAAUUAUUUAUCUAUCUAUCACAGUCUUCAUUGUCUAUCUACCCAUCUAUCAGUCUGUUCAUUAUAUAUCUAUUUAUCUAUCUAUCAUAUCUUCAUUGUCUAUCUACCUAUCUAUCAGUCUGUUCAUUAUAUAUCUAUUUAUCUAUCUAUCAUAGUCUAUUCAUUAUCUAUCUAUCUAUAGUCGGCAAAUUAUUUAUCUAUCUAUCACAGUCUUCAUUGUCUAUCUACCUAUCUAUCAGUCUGUUCAUUAUAUAUCUAUUUAUCUAUCUAUCAUAUCGGCAAAUUAUUUAUCUAUCUAUCACAGUCUUCAUUGUCUAUCUACCUAUCUAUCAGUCUGUUCAUUAUAUAUCUAUUUAUCUAUCUAUCAUAAAUGUUAUCUAUCUAUCUAUCUAUCUAUCUAUCUAUCCUGUUCAUAUAUAUCAUUUUUUCUACUUUUCUCUCUUCUCCAACAAUUAUAGCAUUUCCAAUGUCUCGUUUGAUAAAUGGCGCGAGAUUUCUUUCGUUUACUUUUCCUUCUUCUCUGUCUCUAUCUCCCUCUCUGUCAUGCUCUCUCUCUCUCUUUCUCUCUCUCCCUCUCUCUCUCUCUCUAUCUCUCUCUCUCUCUCUCAUUUAUUUGUGUGUUUUGUUUUUUUGGGGGGGGGCUUCUUUUUUAAGAUUCUUGUUUUUAUUUUCCCAUUUUUCUGUUUUGUUUUGUUUUUCUCCAUCUCGCCUUCGUUUUAUCUCGGGCAAUUCUUUCGUUUUCAUUUCCUCUACCCACUCUUAACUUUGUCUAUCACCCUCUAUUAUGCCCUCUUUCUUUCUCUAUCUCUCUCUCUCUCUCUCUUUCUCUCCCUCUCUCUCAUUCUAUUUCCCUUUUGUUUUCUCAGCAUAUUCUCUUUUUUUUCUCUCUCUUUUUUACCCUCUUAUUUAUAUCUAUAUCACCCUCUCUCGUUUUCACUCAUUAUUUCGGCUUUUUUUUUAUUUGCAUCCAAUAUUUAUUUGGUUUUUAUCUCAUUUACCCUUUCUCUCAAUGUUCUCUCUUUUUAUAGCCUCUUUUCGUGCAUAGAGAUUUCUUUUUAUUAUCUAUCUCUCUAUCAGUCUAUCCAUUUCAUAUCUAUCUGUUUAUCUCUCUAUCUCUGUUACUAUUUAUCUAUCUCUCAUUCUCAGUCGAUUCUGUUCUUAUUUGUCUAUCUACCUCAGCCUAUAUCUAUAUAUCUAUCUCAGUCUGUUCACAUCUAUCUAGCUUGUAGCCAUCUCAGUUUACUCAUGUGUUUAAUCUAUACCUCUGUCUAUCUAUCUAUCUAUCUAUCUAUCUAUCUAUCUAUCUAUCUAUCUAUCUAUCUAUCUAUCUGUUUUGCAUAUUUUCCUUUAUUUGUCAUUAUCGCUUUUACGUUUACCCUAGCGUCUUCUCUAUUCAUUAAUUUCAAUCGCCCUUUCUUUUGCUUUAUAUCAAGUUGUCUCUCGCUUUUGCUCUUUGCCUUUAUUUCUAUCUACCUCUCCUUCGAGAAAAUAGAAAAAAUAUAA